AUGGAAGACGAAACCAAGGAUGAUUGCGAGAGCUCUCAAUGGGAGGAAAUUGAUCCUCUUGUCGCCGAGCUUUUAAGAAAUAGGGGAUGGGAAGGACGUCGCGAGCUCUAUGAGAGUUCAGCCCCCGACGAGAAGCCACCAACGUGGGCACUGUUCCGCAACAAUGCGCAAGAGAAGGGGAGGAUUCAAAAACUAGCAGAGACGGCUACCUCAUCGCCCUCGAUCCUUGGGAAGAACGAGGACAGAGAUCCAGCUGGUCCUCCUCUCUAUGGAUUAGACUCCUCGAGCAAGCAGCUUGUCUCAUCCACUGCCCCCUCAGGGCCCGGUAGAACCUUCGGCAGCAAAGAUGAAGAUGGCAAGAAGGCGAAGAGCGAUCCCUUCGGUCAUCGUAUCGGUCCUCCAGGCUCCACCAGUAGCCAGCGUGCUUCAUCCAACAUGGUAUCAGGAUCCCGCGCAAGUUCAGUUGGCAACGAGAGCUCAUCCGGCAACCAGCAUAACGCCUCGCAAUUCCUCACACGAUCCUUGGCAUUCGGCAAAAACAAGACCAUCUCCUCUGCCAGUCAGCGUAUCUCGUCCCACAACGAACCGGAACAGGGUCCUAAGGCCAACGCCGAUCCUACCCAGAAAUCCCGACUUCGCGAACAACUCUCGCACGAGGGUAGUGCCGACGCAAGAAGAACUGAUGAUCUCAACGCGAGAAUUGCCAAACAAAACGCAAAGGCUGCGGCGCGCAUGUUGGCUUCUAGCAGCAGUGAUGGAGAAAACGCUCUGAACAAGUUGAUUGCCGAGCAUAACGCUAGAACCGCGGCCAAAAUUUUAGCUAAAUCAAACACUCAAUGA